AUGCAAGUGAAAGGGGGUGCUAGACAUACUGUGUCAAAGGUUGGGAAAAAAAAUAUGUGUAGUGUAUGCAAGCAAGUAGGACAUAACAAGGUUACAUGUUCUCAAGCUGAAAAGCCAACAAAACUCAGGGUAAAGAAAAGGAAGAGAGCAGAUGGUAAUGUUGGGGAAAGAAGCAGUGGUAAGAAGGAAAAGGAUGGUAAAGAUGAGCAAGGACGUAAGGGUAAUAAGGGCAUUAAUGGUAAUUUUGGGGAAGGAAGUAGUGGUAAGAAGGCAAAGCAUGUUACAGAUGAACAAGGAAGUAAGGGUAAUAAGGGCAUUAAUGGUAGUGUUGGGGAAGGAAGCAGUUGUAAGAAGGCAAUGGAUGGUAAAUAUGAGAAAAAACUUGCUACACGGGUUGAGGGUAAAAAUAGGGAAGGCAACACUAUUGACAAGCCAAUGGAACUUGAAUAG